AUGCAAGAACAAGAAAAUAAAUCAAUUGAUUAUUGUGAUGUUGAUAAUAAAGCCGCAAAAGAAAUAACAACAAUCGAGAUAAAUAUAUCUGUUACAAAAAAAUAUACUGUAUUGGAAGAUUUUUCCAAUGAAAUAAUCUAUGAAAUAUUUGAAUUUCUCGAUGCUUCUCUUAUUUAUGAAAUAUUUUAUAAUCUUAAUACACAUUUUCGAAAUCUUCUUAUGUUUUCCAUUCUUCCAAUUAAAUUCAAUACAUCACUCAUAUCGAAAUCGUCAUCUCAACGUUUCUAUCAACAAUUUAUCAUGCCUAAUAUACAUCGAGUUAGUUCAAUAUAUUUAUCAAAUGUAUUCAUUAUCGAUUUAAUUUUGUCAUCAUUUCAAAAUAUUAUAAUAUUUACUCAACUUAAAACACUUAUUAUUGAUAAUAUUAAUUUCGAAUCUCUUAAAAAUUUUCUUGAACAUUUAACUUCAUUAUCAAAACUUUCCUUUUUAAUGAUAAAUUCUUUUGAUAAAAAUUGUGAUAAAAGCAUAGUCUAUUAUCAAAUAUUUCGUUUACCAACAUUGAAAUUUUGUAUAUUAUCAUUAUAUGAUAAUGAUGGAUCUGAUCCAUUGCUUAUUGCUGUUGAUAAUUUUAGUUCUAUUGAAUAUCUUGUUAUUAAAAAUAGAGUAUCUCUUAAUGAACUUAUUGUUCUUUUAUCAUAUGUUCCUCAACUUCGUCGUUUAUCAAUCAAUUGUCAAUAUUAUUUUUAUAAUGAACAAAAUGAAAAUUUUUCAAUUGUUUUAGACCAUCUAACACAUAUUUCUAUCAAAUUGCAAGAUAUAACAUUUGAUCAUGUUGAACCAUUUAUUAUGCGAUUUUUUAAACAUCUUCAGGUUUUACAUAUUUCAACAAAUAAUGAUAAUGAAUAUUUAAAUGCUAAAAGAUGGAAAGCAGUGAUUUUAUCGUAUAUGCCUCAAUUACGAAUCUUCGAUAUUCAACAUAAAAAUUUUUCUUUUAAUCAUGGAAUAAAUAAAAUUACAUGUCAAACUUUGAUGAAUCAGUUUAAUACUUCGUUUUGGACCGAACGAAAAUGGUUUUUUACACAUCAAUAUAAUGGAUUCGAACAUUCAAGUUGUUCAAUCUUCUAUUCAAUACAACCAUACAGAAGAAAAUUCUACACAUUGAGCAGUAGACCCAAUCAAUGCAAUUGUCCAAUUCAUAUUGAACAUCGUCUUAAUUCAGUUCGUCAUGUUCAUAUUGAAAAGAAAUCAACAAUGAGCAAUUGUUCAAUGUACUUUCCGAAUGCUACUGAACUUACUAUCUCCGAUAAUCUUUAUAAUUCUGGUGCUUUGAUUGAGUGCCCUAUCAGUAGAAUUAUUCCUUUAUCACAACUCACUAAAAUAAUUAUUGAUUAUGACGUUGUUCGUACUUCUGAUAUAAUCAAAAUAUUACAUGGUGCACAUAAUUGUUAUACAUUAAUACUUAAUUCUCUAUUAACUGAUGAACUUGAUUUGUUGUCGUUAUCAUGUAGUAAAACUAACCAAUUUAUGUUCAACAGAAAUAAUAUUAGGAAUCUUAUUGUUAAAUCAUGGUGUACUUUUGAACAAGUUCAACUGUUGGUAUGCCUUUGUCCACGAUUGCAACAUCUUACUGUCAGUAUAUUACAAGACGAUUUUCGAUCGGCUAUAAAAUAUUUAUUAAGAAAUAAUGAUAAUACUCGUCAGUUGUUUUCAUUGAAUAUUAAAAGUUCUGGAGAUAUAUGGAUUGAAAAAUUGAUGAAUAUAAUUCUAGAAGAGAGACAACUUAAUGAAGUUUCUGUAGAAGUCAUUGGUUAUUUUCAAUGUUAUUUAUGGUGGUGA